AACCCUCACUCAGCGGAAGUUGUCAAGUGACGUCGGAGGCGCCCUGCAUCCCUUCGAGCGGGACUUUGGUCAGAGACUGCUGAAACUAAAAGUUUUGGGACUUUCUCAAAUAGCUGCUUUUUUGUUCAUUAGACAUGGCGUUUCAGGUUGAAGCGGAUUUACCGCCUGGCCUUGCAUGUCUGAAAAAUGUCGAUGCCCUGCUUCGGUGUCCAAUUUGCUUCGACUUCCUCAAUAUUUCAAUGAUGACAAAAUGCUCUCACAACUUUUGCUCAUUGUGCAUCAGAAAAUUUCUUUCCUACAAGUUACAGUGUCCAGUUUGCAAUACACAAGCAACAGAACAAGAUCUAAGAAACAACCGUUUAUUGGAUGACUUGGUCAUAAACUUUCAAGCUGCAAGGCAGCAGUUGUCAAAAGCAAACUUUGACUCUCCUCCAAUAUCGCCAAAGACCCCGUCUUCAGCUGUCAAAUGUAAAACUCCGAAAGAGCGGCGCCAGAAGUCUAACAGCUCCGUUCUGAGUCACUUUUUCCAAAAGAGGCCCAAAAUAUCUCCCACAAAAGAAACCCACUUAGGUGGUUCUGUUGAGUGGGGAAAAAUACACAAUGCACGCACCCACAGUGCAAAUGACGCCGACCUACAUUCACCAACUGCUCAACGUCCAGUGGCUGUGAAGGAAGAGCCGAUGGCUGUGGAGGAGGCAUCUGUCCAGUGUUUGAUGUCAGUCAAACAAGAGGACACAGUUUUGCACAGUAUCAGCACCGGGGUUGAGAUGGCACAUUCCUCGUCACCAUCAAAAGACAUAAAGCCGGUGAUUAAAGUGGAGUGCCCUGUGUGUUCUGUCAGUGUGUCACAGCAGUUUAUCAACAAGCAUCUGGACACAUGUCUUAGCAGUGGAGAGAAGAAAGAAAGCUUGAGAAGCUCCCUUGGCAAUGCGAGGCGUCCAAUGGCCAAACUGGUGUACAACCUACUUUCCAUGCAGGAGCUAAAGAGGAGGCUGAAGGAAUGCCACCUCUCAAUGCAGGGUUCUCGAGACCAGCUUAUCAAAAGACACCAGGAGUUUGUCCACAUAUACAAUGCCCAGUGUGAUUCCCUAAACCCAAAAUCAGCCGGAGAUAUUGCCAAAGAGCUGGAGGCCAACGAGAAGAUCAGGAACCAACUUCAGGGGAAAGCCAAACCUGUCAUGGUUUUCACAAAGAAACAGACUGAGGAGGAAAUUGAUGAGAUGCAUUCAAAUUAUAGGAAGCAGCACAACAGCGACUUUUCCCGCCUGAUUGCCCAGGUCCGGGGUCGCCUAGAGACCACCAAGCAGACUCGUAUCAAACAGGAAGUUGUUGUGGAGGGAGAGGAUGUAGAACAGACGCCCUCUGCAGGUCAAGUUGCAGAUUCAAAGAGCUGCUUAGUGACAAAGGUAGAAGAUGGACACGGUGACGAGGAGCCAUCAGCGAGAGGGACUGAAUUGUCACCCAGCCCCACUAACAGCGAUGUGUCCAUCAGCAGUUCUAUUUCUGAUAUCUUUGGUCCAGAGCCUGCCAGAAAACUUGAAGACACAGAGAGGUCCUUAGUCCAAAAGCGAACAUCCAGCUCCAGAGGAGACAAUGCAGCUUCAUCGCCUGUUCUGGGAAAACGGCGGCGUAAAACAUAAGGAAGGAUGGAGGAUGGGGUAGGAGAGAGAAAGAAAGAUCUCUCACGGACCAAAUCAUUACCAAUAAACUUUAUACUGACUUUCAACUUUAUCAAGAAAUUAUUUUUAUGCAAAUUCCUCUCCGGAAUUUCUUUGUCAUUUUCAGAAGGUGCACUGUUUGCUUGUGUCAUGGUAUGAAUAAAUGUUGCGUAUUUUAACAUA